AUGACGAUUCGAGCUGGAAUUGCUGUGUGGGCCGUCGAUUCCACGGAUUCCGUCCUGUGCGAAACGUUCAUAUUGCUCGCACAAAAUCCCACCGUUCAAAAAAACGCGUAUGAAGAGGCUCGACGCGUCAUCGGAGACGACUACGACACGCCCAUGCGGUCCGAAGACGUCUCCAAGCUGACCUGCAUUACGAUGGUAUUGAAGGAAACGAUGCGACUUAUUCCCCCUGUUGCCGCCCUGGAAAGUCAUGGAGGAAAUGGAUUCCUAACUCUUCACCAUGAUCCGAAAGUAUUCCCGAAACCGGAACAAUUCAUUCCGGAGAGAUUCCUUCCAGAAAAUGUGCUUAAUCGGCAUCGCUGUUCGUACCUCCCAUUCAGCGCGUGGGAACGAAUUUGUAUCGGUGAAAAAUACGUCAUGCCCGAGAUGAAAUUUACCGUGGCGAAAAUACUGUACAAAUAUGAAAUAUUCACCAAGAUGGAGACAGAUGAAAGUCGUCUACAUGCCCUUUUCAAAAUUCAAGGACUGUUUAACGAUUCACUUGAAACGGAGAGUCCCAUAAUUUAA